AUGGAUCCGUCCGAGCCGUCCCCCCGCGCCGGCUUCCGAGCCUUCCAGAGACCUCCGCCGCCAAAAUGGAGGCGGCCCUCCUCCGGUGAUGGCGGCUUUGGCGGUGCCCUCGGCGGGGUAGUCUACAAAGCCGGCUCGCGUCUCAAUGCCGCCUUGGCUCCGUUCCGGGCCCGGUCGCCGCGGAUUAUCAUUCUCAUGCUGGCCCUGCUGAAGUUCGCCAUUACUAUUAAGGCCAUGAUGCUCAUGCUCCCCAUGAUGAGGCUCAUUGAGGAUGAUAUAUGCCACAAGCACUAUAAGACUAGCCCCGCAGAAAUUAUCCCGGAGAUGAAGUGCAAGGUCGACGAGGUGCAGAAGCAGCUCGCCUGGCUGAGCGGGUGGCAGUCUCUCAUCGGUGCCGUCGUCAACUUUCUCGUUGCCUUUCCUUACGGUGUCUUAUCAGAUAGUAUCGGCCGCAAGGCAGGCCUCAUCUUCGCCUACGUCGGCACCAUCGCCGCCUUCAGCUGGUCCCCCUUCAUCCUAGCCCACUUCCCCAAACUCAGCAUCUACUACCUCUUCUUCGGCUCCUGCUUCUUUUUCUUCGGCGGCGGCAUCGUCGUCGUCUUCAAUAACGUCUACGCCAUGGCCGCCGACAUCAGCACCGAAAAGGACCGCGCCUCAAACUUUGUCAUCCUCUCCGUCGGCGCUGUCGUUGGCGGCGUCAGCGGUCACGUAUCUGCCGGCUUCCUCAUGGAGAAGUUCGGCCCAUGGGUGCCGAUCCGUCUAGUCUUCGUGCUUACUCCGCUCGUCUUCCUCAUCAUCUUGCUCUUGCCCGAGACCCUGCGCGUCAAGCUCAACAGCGGGAACGAACCGCCGAAACCGCAGCUGUCGCUGAGCGAUGCCAUCAGGGAAGGCUUCCUCAAAGGCUUGGUCCAGCUCAAGGACUCCCUCGCGAUUCUCAACAAUCGCAACAUCCUUCUCUGCCUUGUUCCCUCACUCGUUGGCAACCCAAUCAUGACGGCAAACUCCUCUACACUACCGCAGUACGUGAGCAAGAACUUUGGCUGGACCCUCGCCCAGACCAGCUUCCUCCUCUCCCCGCUGGGCUUCCUGCACCUCGGCACCCUCAUCCUCCUCCCUUGGAUCUCGAAAAUCGUCGUUGAUCCCCGCGGCCGCUUCCGCCGCACUGGCUUCGGUAAGGACGCCCUCCUCGCCAAGGCAUCCUACAUCAUGAUCGCAGUCGGCGCCCUCCUCGAGGCUUUCAGCCGGGAGAUCGUCGUCUUCCUCUUGGGUCUCGUCUUCCAGACCUUUGGUUCGGCCCACAACCCGCUCGCGCGCGCCAUGAUCACCGAGUUUGUCGAUCCGGAGCACACAUCCCGGCUGUACGCGCUCACGAGCAUGGUCGACACCAUCGGCUCGCCGCUUGGCGGGCCGGUACUGGCGUGGGCCUUCUCGCUCGGGCUGGAGAAGAAGGGGCUGUGGAAAGGUUUGCCAUGGUUCUACGUUGCGCUCUUGGCGUCCUUGACGUGGGCAGCGCUGAUGCUUGUGGAAGAGCCGAAGAAGAAGGGACCUAUCCACUUAGAGAGCGAGAGCGCUCUAGAAGGAUUGGACUAUGAGUCAGGGGCGGAGGAUUAA